CUACAUUCCCUCUCAAAACCAACCGCAUAUUUCAUCGACUGUGAAACGGGUGAUGAUGGAGUUGUCACUAAUGGCUGCACAGCACUUUCCGGCUGUGAGCGGGGCCUUUAUGGAUUCCCCAUACAAUGGCAACGCGUCCCUCCAGACGUCCUCGUCCAACCUCAACGCCAACUUCUCCCGGUCUGUGGAGCAGGAGGAGGAGGGCAAGUACUCCAGCGACGCCAUCUGGCUGUGGAUCGCCGUCAUCGCCACCAUCGGCAACAUCGUGGUGGUAGCAGUGGUCUGCGCCUGUGCCUUUUAGACCCCGUAGUUCACAAGCACACAGCCGGCACCAUCAUCUCUCCCCACCACACUUUUUCUCUCCCCCCUUCUCCCGAACAUUUGGGUCCUCCGCUGUCCGACUAACCUGCACCCCUUAGGAAACAACUAGAGUUCACCCUCAUCUUCUAUCAUUCCCCCUUAAAGCGGACAACGACAAGGAAGUAUAACAGCAAUGACUAGACUGAGCUUACAGUAGCUGUGCUUUGGUAUACUGUAUGGGCAGUUGUCCGGCAAUGAGAUUCUCUCAUUAUUGAACUUGUUUGUUUUAUUUGCUUGUUUUAUUUGUUUGUUUAUUGUUGUUGUUGACAAUCCCAUUAGAAUGAGAUGAGUUUAUAAAAAGGAUUAACUCCAAAAUGAGCUAGUUUUUUUGUUUAAACCCCUUUCUGGUCGCCAUGCUGGCUAGCUCCUUAGGCAAGAUCAGAUUUUGUAAACACUUCUGAUCUGGGAGAGCAGAACAGGGAGAUCCAGCCAAAGGAUGAAGGAGGACUGAGUUUGUGAGCCAAGACUGUAGUUAGCCUUGGGGUAGGUGUGGCCCGGAUGCGGUGCGAAUCAGGCCAGUUGCCCUUUCCAUGCCUCCUUCCUGUGAACCCAAAGCCGGUGGCCUCGUGCUGUGAGAAACAGCUGAGUGUAGCGUUGCCAGCUCAGGGCGGAGUGUCGCAGCAGCCGUCUGCUGAAUCUCAGGCAGUAGCUGGUUCUGACCCAGAUAGCUCUGAUACUGAUCUGCAUCAGGCGCUGUUGUCCUUAAGGUCUUUGCACUGAGGGGCCCAGGUUAGGAUUGGUUCUGACCCAGAGCAACUCCUGGUUAUCCGGCUCGUCCAGCACCGAGCUUCCCAGCAUUCAUCAUGCUUUUGCAGAGCGCUGGAACUCAUCGGUCUGUCUGUGUUUGAUCAGGCCCCGUUAGAAAAGCCCCUUUUCUCUUCCACAAUUAAAGGAAGAGUGAGAUCAAAGCAGCCUUGCAGCAGUUUGAGGUGAGCAAAGCCAGCGCCUGCCAAGUGUGUGAUCUUCACUUCACUUCACUUUACUUACUAGCCAGAGUUCCACACACUUAAAACAUUAAGCCCUGCUGGUAUAAUUAUGACCGUGUUGGAACACAUCUGAGGACUCGUGUGUGUGUGUGUGUGUGUGUGUGUGUGUGUGUGUGUGGGUGUGUGUGUGUGUCAUUGGAGCACCUCGUGUUUUAGGACACAGAGGCCUCGGAGGUCACAGGUGUCUGUUGUGAGGAGGGAAACAGCAGCACUGGCAUGAUGUAGGUCAGAGAUGGGCUUCUGCACGUGAGCGUCAGCCACUUGAUCUCAAUCUGUGCGCUCCACAACAGCUACUGUGUGUUCUGGAUUACAGAUGUGCUUGUUUUUUCAGACUGCAAGGCUCGAGUAUAUCAAGGAUAGAGUACUGAAGCAUCAUGGAGAAGGAAAUGGAGACUUGUAGAGAUGCAGAGAAGUGUCCAUCACUCUGUAAAAGUAAAUAAAUAACCUAAAAUAAAUAAAUAAUGUGUAGGUCAUGUUUCAUCUCAUGACAUAUAGCAUCAACGAUGUCACACAGAUUUUUGCAAAUUUAGCAAAUCUGACAUACGGCAGGCAGCCGAUGAUGCCACCAUAUGGUCCUGGCGUAGACUUUACAUAAUCCUAAUCACCAGGCUCCACAUGAGAUUGCUCUUGAACAGCUGUCAAUUCAAUUAGCUGCUACACGCUGUGCUGUUCUGUCAUCCAGCCAGCGCCAAACGUUUCCUCCAAAAAUC